UACCACAGUAUUAAAGUGAGAACUGUAUUUAUGUGAACAGAUCCAGCUUGUCAUCACUCAUAGAGCUUACACUCAUUAUUCAGCAAGCUUGAAUAUAUCGUCUGUUGCUAACUUUGGCCGUGCUCUUGACUGUUCAAUUGGUCAACAUAGAAGACGGUCGAGUUCCGUUAACAAUGGAGCAUGAUGCGGACUGGACGUCUGAGAGCAGUUUGGAUUCAGAUGAAUUAUCAAUGUUGUCACGCUUAGUGAUAUGGACAAGUAAAACGCCAAUGCCGUGCGGGUUUCCGCCUUGUCAUGUUUCGUAUCUCCAUGGUGAGCCAAGUGUCGCGCGUCACCACGCUGCGAUCGAUCAUGGAAAUAACAUAGUGACCUCUGAAACGUCUUCUGUGGAUUAUCCACAACGGCAUAGCUCGAUAACGUCAUCCAGACUGGACAAUGCACAGCACGGUUAUUCUCCAGUAAAUUUCUGUCCGCUUCCUGAGCCAGUCGUCAUCGCUGCACCACGUAGCGAAGUCCAGAGCAAGAACCAAAAAGAGGCUGAAGCUUCAGCAUCAGCUUCUUGCAACACUGACUUGGAGCCGCCAACGUCAACAGGCAGAAUACGAAAACGAUAUCUCCCCACAUCUAUUCCACAGGUCAGCUCUUCCCUAACUGGUCCAGACCACCACGCCGCUCCAGAAGAGACACGUGACUCGCCUAAUGACGAAUCGUCGAUCUACUCUGUUGACUUUGACCUGAAUCAACAGAGUAUAGGUAAUAUUAGCGAUAAUUCGGUAUCUCCCCAAUGCACUGGUGAAGUUGUAUCUGAAAAACCACACAAACCAACUGGAGGAAACUUGGUGAAAUGUAAGCUGUGCGAAAUGGCAUUCUCUAACCAGUCUAGCCUUACUAGACAUGAACGCAUGCAUCACAACCAGAAACCCUUCAAGUGCAAGAAGUGUGAAAAGUCAUUCAGUUACAAUUGUAGACUAAAACUUCAUGAACGUAUGCACUCUGGAGAGAAACCAUACAAGUGUAAGGUUUGCGCAAAGUCGUUCAGCCACAGUUCCAAUCUUUUGCGUCACCAACUCAUCCACACUGGAGAGAAGCCAUUCAAAUGUGCACACUGUAACAAGUCUUUCACGGAGUUAAAAUGCCUUCAAGACCACCAGAGUACUCACACGGGACAUAGGCUGCAUGUAUGUAAUGGUUGUGCCUGUGAAUUUUAUUCUGCAUCCAGUUUGAGACGUCACAAGAUUAAUCGAAUUUGCAAACGAUAA